AUGGUCUACCUAUGGCAUAUGGUGUAUACGCUGGUUACGUUAUCAAUGUCAAUCGCGGUACAAUUUCCUACAAACCCUACGUCAGAAAUGUCUGCAGACGAGAAAAAUUUGAUAAAAGUCAACAAAACCAUAGAUCAGUCUGAUGAGAGCGGUCAUGAAGUUGAUCCAGAUGGGGAAGAAAUAAGGGAUAAGAAAUAUCUAGUCGAUGCUAUGAGGACCAUCUUGGAUCCAAACGCUGUCAUAGAGAAGAAUACCGAUGAUGUAGAAGGUUUUAAACUUCAACUCGAUGAAUUAGAUAAAGAUAAUAUGACGCUCGAAAAUUUCGUCGAGGAAAUGGACAAACUGAGUUUGGAUGUAUGUAAAACCUCGCAGUAUGCUUUAUGGUCUUACGUUACCGAUAUAAGUAAUGAAGUUAAAAAAAAUAAAAUGAUAAGAAUAGCUGCGGAAGAAGACGAAAUUAAGAAAAAAUAUUGGAAUAUAUUAAAAAAGAAAUAUCUAAAUAACGAACAAGUUUUAAACGACCCGAAAUGGAAGAGGAAGUUACGAAUCAUCAAGGAGAGGGGAACGAACGUGCAGAUGCCCCAAAGCAAACAAAGAGAGGAAAUAGAUACUAUGCAGCGGAUAUGGAGUCGAGUCACAGUAUGUGCAUACAAUGUAACAAAUUGUAACACAGAAGAUUCGUUACGAUCGAUGAGUGGUAUUAUCUCAGUCUUCAAACAUAGCAAUGAUACGAAAGAAUUAGCAUAUUAUUGGAAAGCUUAUAGAGAUGCAACUGGAAAGCUGAUCCGACCAAUUUUCAAAGACUACGUGGCGAGAAUGAAUAAUGUAGCAGAAACUGAGAACUUCAAAGACGCCGGUGAAAUGUGGCGAUAUUCAUUCGAAGACGAUGACUUCGAAAACACUAUUAACAAACUCUGGUUUGAAAUUAAACCUCUUUACGAUGCGCUGCAUGCUUACGUUAGAGUGAAAUUGAAAAGUUAUUACAAAGAGGAGUUGGCCGGUAAAGACAAAUUAAUACCAGCACAUAUUCUCGGCAACCUGUGGGCGCAAGAGUGGCAAUCGAUUUACAACAAAGUAACGCCAUACCCAGACAUUCAAAGGCCAGCGAUGCAAAACAACGAGAGUUUACAAGCCAAAGAUUUGUUUGACGUCGUCGACGAGUUCCACCAAUCGCUUGGCUUUGAAAGUGCUAAAGAUUCCUACCAAGAUAUUAAGGGAACUAUGAUCUCUUCUAACUGUCUGCCUUCCAGCCACGACAUGUGCGAUGGCGUCAAUUACAAGAUUAAAUGGUGUGGUGAAAAUCUAACAGACGUUGCAGUAGGUUUAUCACGCGCCGCCAGACUGCUAGGUCAUGUGCAGUACUUCAAACAUUAUCGCAAACUUCAGCCGUUAUAUCGAGAUGGACCUAACCCGGCGUUUCACGAUGCAAUCUCCGACAUUGUCGCUGUACAGCUGACCUCGCCUUCCUACCUACGGACCUUGAGCGCCGCGAAGGUCGAGACGGGGCCCGAAGCCGAGCUGAAUCAUCUGCUUUGGCUCGCGCUGGAGAAACUGCCCCUGGUCGCGUACGCUUACGUGCUCGACAAAUGGCGGUGGAACAUCUUCGCGGAGCCCGGCUCGCUGAACUGGAACGGCCACUGGUGGGAAUUGAGAAUCAAUGAGACAGGAAUUUCACCGCCAGUACCACGAGACGAAAGUGACUUGGAUCCCGCUGCGAAGUACCACGUGGUGUCGCAUGUGCAGUAUAUAACAUAUCUGGUGUCUCACGUGCUUGAAUUUCAAAUCCUGUCAUCGCUGUGUAGAAGAAUGAACCACUCGGGACCUUUGCACGCCUGCUCAAUUCAUGGCGCGCAGGAAGCAGGAAAACUCCUCAGCAACGGGAUGUCCAUGGGCGCCAGCGAGGAUUGGAGGUCUGUACUCCAAGCGAUCACCGGUGAAAGGGAACUGUCCACGCGUGGAAUCCUGGAGUACUUCGCCCCGUUGGAAGAGCUCCUGCGUAAAGAAACGGCGAAGCUGUCCAGGCUGGACGAGGAUAUGGACAAGAGUGCUCCGAUAAUCGUCGGAGUCAUCAUCAUCGUGUUGAUCAUAUUGAUGAUAAUAACGUAUUGUGUCAAGAAAAAGGAUUUGAUUAAUAGACUAUUGUCUGUGUGCGGUCUCUCUAAAAACGGAUCACUGGACAUAGUGAGUAAUGAAAUGACCCAAAGGAAGUCGAAUGAAGCCGACGGCACGAGCGAGGGGAAGGUG